AGCGAUCUGCUGCCUGCCACAUACUCUCAUUUGUCUGCGUGUCCACUCAUCUGCUGCCAUCAUGAACCUGAAGCUCCUCUUCUUUUGCCUCUUUCUUGCCGUGAUCCUCAUCCCAGCCGAAAUGAAACCUAAAAACCAUAAUUGUACUCAUGAUCAUGACCAUGACCACGAUCAUGUUCACGUUCGUCGAGAAGUCAGGCAUAGUAAACAUGGAAACCGUGCAAAAUGGAGAGAACGAUUUACUGACAUACUGAAUGACCCGUUCUUUGGAAUUUUGGAUGGGGCUCUGGAUGAUGAAGAUGACAACGACGAUGACCCAAGUGAAUGGCUCUAUGACCUACAAGAGCCAGCAGGUCGAUGUAACCCGAACCCUUGCCAAAAUAAUGGUGUCUGCAAGGAAAAAGGAAAACAUAAAUUUAAAUGCGACUGCCCAAAACAUUUCAAAGGAAGACGCUGCGAGAGAGCACCAAAGUUUUGCAAGAGAGGUAUCUGUGGCCGUGGUGAGUGCGUGGUGACUUCCACUCGACCUUUUUAUGAGUGCAAAUGCAAGCAUCCCUUCCAGCCGCCAUACUGUAAAACAUAUAGUCUUUGUGAGCCGAAUCCAUGUAAGAAUGGCGGAAGGUGCAUCAAGGAUGGAGAUGACUUUGACUGCGAGUGUCCUUCGGGGUUCAGAGGUCGUUUCUGCCACGUUGGCCCAAAUGACUGUUAUGACGAUGAUGGAGAGUCGUAUCGUGGCACCGUGAGCGAGACAGUUAAUGGCAACGAAUGCCUCUAUUGGAACUCUCACUUCAUCCUGAAGAAUGGAGUCGAUCCUUUCAACUCAUUUGAGGACAGUGAUGGCCUUGGCCCUCACAACUUCUGCAGGAACCCAGACGGCGACUUGACGCCAUGGUGUUUCUUCAGAAGAGGGCAAAAGCUGCUGUGGAACUACUGUGAUGUAAACGAGUGUUCUGAAGAAGGAAUGGUCCCUUCAGCGUCCCCAGACCAAAAGCCCACUCAGCCUCCGGAACCAAGUGACACCUCACCCACUAUCGCACCAUCUCGAAAACUGUUCAGCACUUGUGGGAAGCCUCAGCCAAAGAAAGUCGUAACCCGAAUUUUUGGGGGAUUGAAGGUAUCCCCUGGAGCAUUACCUUGGCAGGUGUCGCUGCAAGUGAGACCUAAGAGAUCCACCCGGCAGUUCAAGCACAUCUGUGGAGGUGUUCUUAUUGAAAGCUGCUGGGUACUGACAGCCGGACAUUGCAUCGAGCGGGGAUCUGACAUGCAGGUGGUUAUGGGAAGACUCUCCCUGGACACUGAGGAACCCACUGAACAGAUCAUUAAUGUUGAAGAGGCUAUUGUGCAUGAGAACUACAGGGAGACUCCAGUAUCAGUUCACAAUGACAUCGCAUUGCUGCGACUGGAAAGCACUGAUGGCAUUUGUGCCAAUGAGACCCAGUUUGUGAAGGCAGCCUGUCUGCCCGAAGAGCCGCUAGAUGAUGGGGAGGAAUGUACCAUUUCUGGAUGGGGUGCCACUGAGGAAUCCGAAUAUGGUUCCAACCAUUUGCUGGAGGCUAAUGUUCUACUGAUCAACCAAGCGAAAUGCUCUGACAGCAACAUUUAUGGAACAGCUUUGGAUAACACCAUGUUUUGCGCUGGCCAUCUAAAAGGAGGGAUCGAUUCCUGCCAGGGUGAUUCUGGAGGGCCGCUGACCUGUGAGCAGAACAAUACCCAUGUUGUUUAUGGUUUGGUGAGCUGGGGAGACCAAUGUGGACAGAAGAAUAAGCCUGGGGUGUAUGCACGGGUCUCUCACUUUCUGGACUGGAUCAAAUCAAAAAUUCAAGCGUCAUCUUAAUAAGGAGCAUCUACUGUAUUACUGUGUCGAGUAGAACUUAGGGCUUGAACCUCACUCUUAUGAGUCGGGUUUGGUGUUUGUGCAGUUGUCGUACUUUUUACUCUGAAUGUAAGUAUAUAUAACCCAGUCAUGUACUUAUAAGGAUAACAUCUUGAAGUGUUCUGCACAUUUGGCAAUGAUGUGAAGCUUAUAAUGAUGAUGAUGAUGACCUACAUAAUAGCUUCUAAAUGCCCGACACACAGCUUUACUUGUUUGGUUUAAUUGAUUAAAAAUGACUUAUGGAGGUAAUUUUACUCAAAAGGUUCAAUUUGGCUGUGUUCACACACAUAUACAUAAAAGAUCGAUUUUAUUAAUCUAUACGUGGACAAAUGGGCACACAAGACCUCAAAAUACAACUCAAUAGGAUGCCAUCUCUCAUUUUCUCUAUCAUCUAUCAAGACGCGUGAAGAUGCAGUGUCACACCUACAUUGACGCUUAACUAGGUCGAUUUUUCAUACAGGUUGCCUGUGCAAGGUACACUGACAUGUGACACCAAAGGCACAAAUGACCUCGGUGCUGUGCUGAGGGUCAUGUGGUGAAAAGAACAAGCAAUGCAUGAGUCAUUAACUUGGUGAACUGUGUGACAGUAGUUUGUCCCAGAAAUGAAUACAUUAAAUAUUUACAGUGUAAA